AUGGCAGAGCCACUUGACCUAGACAAGGACCCAUAUGCUCUAGCUUACCGGUAUAGGGAAUAUAUGAUAGAGCAUCCCCGUGGAUUCCUGCAAUACUGCAAUCCAUACUACGAGAUGCUUCUUGCCAAUCAGCCAGAUCCUGCCGCAGAUGCAACAGACGAUCAUUCGCGUGCUAUUCGGUAUGCCAAAGAACACUAUGAGUGUUUCUAUGAGAUUAGAGACAUCCGACGCAUCAUCACAUGGCUGCCGCCACUUGGAAAAGAUAACCAUGGAUCGGUUGCCUAA